CGCGCCGCAUAUAUUCGUACUUUUCCGGUAAAAUUUCGUAAGCUUGUCAUGUUUUUCUGAGGACAAACAAAAUUUGUACGCAGUUUCGCCUGUUUCAUUCAAUGAUUGGACACACUUAAGAAAAACAUAUUAUCAACCAUACCAGUGAUCUUGUAAAGCUUUCUGUAACAGAUUAACUCAUUAUUCGUCAAAUAUGAGUAGCAUGAUAUUGGCAGGGCUUGGGCUUGCAGCUAUUGGAUUUGGAGGUCGAUAUGCAUUAAGAUACGCAAAGAAUGCUGAACAGAUUUUAAAGAAAGUAGAGAAUAUUCCAUCAGGGGCCUUCAGUAAAUACUACCGUGGAGGCUUUGAACAAAAGAUGUCUAAAAGGGAAGCCAGUCUUAUUCUUGGAGUAAGCCCAACUGCAUCACAAGCCAAAAUCAAGCAGGCACAUAAAAGAAUUAUGUUACUAAAUCAUCCUGAUAGAGGUGGCUCCCCAUUGCUGGCUACAAAAAUAAAUGAGGCAAAAGACUAUUUGGAGAGCAAGAAGCCUUGAUAGAACACCUGGUGCUCCAGACUGCCUGUGAUACAUAUCCCAUAUAGAAACAACUGAGUCUCGUAUAAGAAAACAAUGAUUAGUGCUGUGACAAAAACUUUAUUAUAUUCAUCAUCAUUACAGUCUAGAAUCGGCUUUAAAGUCCUUUUCAAGUUUUCACAAUAAACAUAUAUUGAUAAGUGAUAAGUGAGUUCUUCUGAAGGCAAAUAUUAAGUGUCAGUCUUUAAUUACCACAAUGCCUGCCAAAGUGUUGUUUAAAAUCACCUCAGUUGUUUUAUAUGUAUCAGAACCU